AGAGCUGGAGUUGUCUGUGGCAUUAGCCUCAGCAGACUGAUAUUCACCCACACAAAACGAGAAACAGCCAGAGAGAAAACAGACGUCAGGCAGCAGCAGAGUUGAAACAGACACACUCACACUGAGGAGUGAAGAGCAGAGGCUGACCAGAGCAGCAUUAGAGCAGUUUCUUUAAGACUGGUUAUCUUAAGUGUGCCUGGACUUGGAGGAGUGUUUGUUUGGCUUGACAUUGGACAAACUUCGGACAAGGCACCAGAAAGAGCAAGGGAAGACAAGUUUGUUCUUCUUCUAGCUGUUCACACUUCUGUUCUACCAAUGGCGGCUGUGCGUCAGAUGGUUAUGGAGGCUUCGGGCUUCCACGUCCUGCCGGCCCACCUUAUGGCAUCAGCCAUGGAGGAGUUCCCCCAGCAGCUGCCUGUCCCCAAGGGCCCAGCAAGGGGCAAGAGCCGUUCCCGCCGAUCUCGCGAGGCUCGCUUCAAAACGCAGCCUGUCACUUUUGCUGAGAUUGCAGAGGUAGAAGAGGAAGGUUCCUCACCCCUGGAGGAGGAGAGGGCACGUCGUUCCUUCUUGCAGUCCCUGGAGAACCUGCGGCGGAGCACACAGACCCUCCAUUGCCCACCGGCUGCCCAUCACAGCUGCACCCCCACACCAACACAGGCCAGCCUGGACUCCAGUGACUCCGACUCCACCCAAUAAGUGGUGUGACAUGCCCACAUCUCCUGGCCCCCAUGUUCCUCGCUUCUCCUUGACGCCGCUUCAAAUGAAGGCCAACUGAACUGAACCAAACUGGCUGCGCGUGUGUGUAAGCUGCUGCUGUUAUACAAAACUCUGCAUUUAAUAUAUACUAACAUAUCAACAUACAGUAUGUAGCUUGAAGAUGCACUUGAUGCAUAUCUGUAAGGAUGUCUACCAGUGCCUCAGGCUGCGUAUACUGCUGUAUAGAUAUGAUGAGUGAAAAAGUAGCAGAUGACCCAGUGUUGAACACACCACUUUUCAAAUGUAUUCCUUUUCUACUGUAGAUGUCUUUGAGGAAAAACUUGAAUGACAAAAGAUGGUUGAUAUUUUUCCACUUUGAAGUUGUAUAGGUAUUUUUGUUUCAACCCAGAGUUUUCUACGUGACCAGUCACAAUAGAAAGGACUCUUGAAAUACAUUAGUAUUGUGACUUACCAUGCUGUACAUACCUUGACUAAGCAAUGUACUGAGCAUACAGAGUGACCUGGCCGUCACUGAAGCGGUAGACUACCAUUACAAAGCUUUGUCAAGACUUCAAGCUCUUGUUUUCCAGCUUCACAGUGAAUGAGAUCUCUGCUCUUGUUUUAAUUCCUGAGCAAAAAUUGCCUUUCUAAACAUCUUUAUUUAUUCUCUUAUUUUGUUCAUAACCAAGUGGAGUUGUAGAUGUGAUAUUUUAUUGCUCUUUCUGACUUCUGAAGUCAUGUUGACUUUCAAAGAAAAUCAUAAUCUUUAUACUGUAUAUUUGUUUUACUUUAUACAUAUAUUACAAUGUUUGUUAUUAUGUACUUUAAUAAAUAUUUUCAAGUAUCUUGA